AUGGAUGACAUUCCCCUCAUCUCUGCCAACCUCGCAUCUGUGCCACUGGUAUCGCUCUUCUACGGGAUAUUCCUUAUCUUCUUCUGCACAUCCUCAUACCUCAUGGUACGGCGUCAAGCUUGGCUGAAUGUUGGAUCAUCGCGGCCCAAGCCUAUCUACAAGACGCCUUUAUUCAUCGCCGGAAUAUUGCUCUUCAUCACUGUUACUGGGCACUGGAUACUCCUCGUAUACCGCUCGUUUAGGGCCUUCGUGUACUUUGACGGUGGUGCAUCUCCGCUUGAGUUCUACAUGGAUGUGGGUGCAGUGACGGCAGUUAUAGAGUUAGUGUUUUUCGUCUCGACGAUGACGAUCGAGGAUGCUGUGAUUGUAUACCGCCUUUGGGUCAUCUGGAAGCACAACAACUAUAUCAUGAUUAUCCCUGUUUGUUCAUUUGUCGUCAAUGUCGCAUGUUACGUGAUCGUUGUUUACCAGUAUGCACACUAUCACAUGGGUCAGAAUGUAUUUGGUGCCAGCAUUGGACGGUGGGUCACAAUAGAUUACGUCUGCAGUCUAUGCACCAACUUGUACUGUUGUGUGCUGAUUGUUUGGCGCCUAUGGCGUGUCAGUCACAGGUCAAAGCCCGUUGUUGGCACCUGCAUGUUGUGGACAUUGUCUGUCUUCAUCGAAAGUGCCGCCUUCGAUGUGGCAUUGAUGAUCGUCGCUAUGGUACUCUACGAACUCAGGUUGAAUGUGUACACUGUCGCCGACAUGAUGUCGCCGCUGUCUGGCAUCACCUUUAUGCUCAUCAACAUCCGCGUUGGUAUGGGCUACGCGAUGCAUUCGCAGGAGCAGGCUCACCACGUGCCCUGCGUGCUUCUCCUGCGAGCAUGUCCUGGAGGUAUAAUGUUUUGUUCUGCGUGUGCAGCGGGUCGCCAGAGUCCGUGUCCUCGGCAACGAGGGAGUAGGGAUCGAGCGGCACGCCGGGGGGUGGAUUCGGUUUGCGGAGAGUGCCCUUGCAGUGACGAACGAGGCAAUGGGAAGGGGAAUAUGGUUGUCUGUAGCCUCUGUUGA